AUGAGCUGGCUGCCGUUCUCGGGCACGCAUGAAGAUUCCACUGGGCGCUCUGGCCUCAGCCUCACUGAUGACAUGCCGGGAGGACUUGAGCAGCUUGCUGCUCGCGCGCGGUCCUUGCGUGCUGAGCUGGGCCGAGGGCCGUCUGCAGAGGAGACGGGCAGUCCAGAGAAAGCCGCAGCGCUGGAACUCAUAGAUGCCUGUGACCCACUCCAUGGGGCACUUGUGUCAGAGCCUGAAGACCGCAAAGCUGCUGAAGGCACAGGUAUGCUGGCUGAGCUGGUGCAAGUGGUCCUGGACACUGUUGAGCUGGCGCCUGACUUCGCCAAGAGCCUGGCAGAUCGCCAGCAGCUGCUUCUGCGCUUCGCACUGCCUUGUAUCACCCAUGGGCAAGUGGCGUGGGAGGUAGUGAUUGCCCAAUGCUGCAAUGCUAGGCUGGAUGAUGUUGUGCACUUUGGCCAUGCCUCGAAGCACUUUGUGAACACCACGGCUGUCGUGGAUCAGCCGUUGCUGCAGCUUCUGGCCUCACACGAUGCUUUGUGCUCUCACAGGAUGUCGUCUCAAGCAUCAUCGCACCUGGUGGUUGUGGCGACUGCGGAGAUUCCCUGGGAAUUGUGGCAGGACGCAUUCGGCGGUCGCAGUCGCGUUCGAGCACCGCUUCUUGCAGCAGCGGGGCCACAUGAGCGCCCAGCUCUGGUGGGCAGCGCUCAGGUGAUUCUUGGAAAGGUGCCAGAUGGCAUGCCAGAUGACAUGCCGGUUGGCCGGCUAGAGCCUUGUGGCGUACACUUGAAGGUGUGGUUGGAGGACCUUCGUCUGCGAGGAUUGCCCCGUGGUAUACACAUUGUCGUUAAGCUGGGCGCGCAGCAAGAGAUUGUGGCGCAUCCCGAAGGGCUUUUGGAGCGCAGCGAGCUUGUGGCUCCAAUUCAUGUUGCCGCAGUGGCAGAAAGCUGUACUUGGAGUUUCGACGCUGCCCGCAAAAUGCAGUUGUUUGGUCCUGUUCCAGAGAAACUUUUUUUCCAAAUCUGGCGCGGGCAAGAAUUGCUGGGCCUGGCAGGCCUGCCAGUACCAGUGCUGUCAGAGGGGAUGAUUCAAGACCUUUGCUCCGGCCGGCGGUGUGUCGAGGCGGCAGAUGCUGAGCUCACUGUCACGUCCACGUGCGCUGGAGACACCCUGGGAAUACUGCGGGUGAAACUUUAUGCGGAGAGAGCAUCUCCAAGGCUGGGCUGUGCAAGGCCUAAGAACCAGCCGGAGGAAUCUCACCCCGAGUCAGCCCCACGCGAUUGCUGCUCACGUGUUGAGCUAGUGGCCCCGCUUUCGGAAAAGGAGGUUGCUGAGUGGUUCGGACACAUGUUCCAGCAUCAUUUGUCUGCCGCGCUUCAAAUAGCACCUCAGAGAGUGAACAUCUUGGGAGUGGAAGGCUCAAGCCUGGUCUUUGAGAUAGAGCCUGGCCACGCAGAUGAAAUUUCACCUGCCGCGGCUGUUCAGGAGUUUGCCAGGCAACUAUGCUGUGCAGACUCACCUUUGGCGGAUGGCCAGCUGGCACAGUUCUUGGCUGCCUACAAAUCAAGGCUCAUCAAGCAGCCUAGCCCUCCACCUUUUGCCGAAGAGCCAUCUUCUAAUCAGGGAAGGUUGCCACAAGAUGCAGGCUUUUCCAAGCCCAGGCGGAAUUGCAGUGCUGCCAGCCCGGGCGUGGGCCCACACCCAGUGCAGCUGCCACUUGAGUUUGACAAUGUGCUCUCAGUGGUCAAGCAGCGACUUUUUGAAGUGGUUCAUGCGUCAGGAGUUGAGGCAAGCCGAGCCUUCGCAGUUCUUGACAGGGACGGCGAUGGUUUGGCCACGGUUGCUGACAUGGUUGCGCUGUUGCAUCAUCUUGGCCUGCCCUUGACAGAGGAGGUGGUCGAGUUGGCCCACUUGUCGCCACCAGACUCUGGCUUCCUGAAUGGAGAUUUCAGAAGGCAAUAUCAGGCAUGGCUACAACAGCUUCCUGAACCAGCUAUUCCACCCGAGGGAUUGCUUUUGCCAAACGAAGCCGGCGAAAGGUGCCUUUUGCUACCUGACUUCUUGCUCUUCAGCACCUUGGAUACAGACGGCUCUGGGAGAGUCGAGCCAGAGAUCUGGCGAUCAUUUGCAAUGCGAUGCCUUGGCCUAGGAGCUGAUGCAGCGGUUGCAGCGUACAGCUUUUGCGACCAGCACCACUUAGGUGCGCUUACCUACCGUGACUUCCGCCGCUAUGUGGCAUUUGUGGACCAUCUCAAAGUUCAGCAGGAGGCCAUGCCCCACACAGAUGCAAUACGUCGAGAUUUGCGUACUCUCCUGGAGCUAGCGGAGCUGCCGGAUUCGGACGAGCCUGGGCGCUUGAUCCUGGUAAGUGAAGCACUUGGUAGCCGCGGUCGCUCGAUAGACACAGAAGCUGGUCUUGCAGGCUUGCAGGAGCUGCUUGCAGAUCUGCGGCUACCUCCGCAUGUGGCUGGUUUACUCUUGGAAUGGCAGGAGGCGAUUUCUGUAGCAGUUCGUGUGGCCAAAGGCCUCAGUGGGCCACUGCCCAUGACCUAUCGGAGGUUGAUCAACAUCCUGCAGGCUUCCCGGGCGCUUGUUCUGACGCAUCUAGACGGGCUCUUCGGAGCGUGUAUGGUGGCCGGAAUUGAUCUCCCAAGCGUGCUGAAUUUCGCACUUCGCCGAUCAAGUCAGGCCCUGUCUGUUGAAGAGCUGGCUGGGUCAUUGGUGGCAUCUGGGGUGGACUUGAAGACUGUCGACCCCAAGGACGUGCUGCUGGCAUUGGACCCCUAUGAUUGCAAGCAGAUUUCUGCGCCGGAGCUGCUUCGCGCCUUUGAAAGGUUUCAGUCCAAAUUUGGGGGCAUGCUCAGCAGCAUUGCUAGCCGCAUGGGCAGCCGUGGCCUGUCGAAGGACCAAUUCAUCCCAGUACAUUCGAAAUGUAUCUCAUUUGGACACCCAGUGAGUUGCAUCUAA